GAAGUUUCAUGAAGUGCUGACCUGACGUAACAUGUGGCUCAUGCGGUAGGAUAUGUCAGCUUUCCCCACCAUUCCGUUAAACGCUAAGGAAGUUCGUCGUUGCUAGUGUCGCCAUCGAUGCACUCAAUUAUGCCAAAUCUGGCGACACUGGGCCGAGGGGUUUGGUGUUACGAAUGAUAAUCGUUCGUACCUAAUUUAAUGAGACUUAAAAACUGUGUACACGAUAAUGUCUCAUCCUUACAGAGCACGGGGAUCGUAUUCCCGGCGGAACAAAUACGGAGAUGGAGUUGAAAGUUCUCAAUCUGGAAGCUCACAUUUUGAACAGCAUGGCCAUGCAAGAGGCAGGGGUCAAGGGCAUCCCCCUUGGCUAAAAGGCAAAGAAAUAGGGCUCUAUUACAAAAAUAAAUCUAAAGUGAAACGUGUACAAAAACAAACACGUGUUAUUAAAUUACCAUUGAAUAUUCAACAGAAAAUUGAAUACGUGUUAGGAAACUCUACAGGUUUUUAUGAUAAAUUGUAUGACAAUGAAGCAUCAGCUGAAGAUAUCAAUAGCAAAAUUGAAAACAAAUAUACACAUAUUCAUGAUUCACACUUCAAGAGAAAGUUUCUAAACAUAGUAUCUGGUAACAUACAGGAAAAUCUAGCUAAAGCUUUAUUUGUUGAACCCAGUAUAAAGAAGGAUAGUGAUUUAGAUGACAGAUUACUAAAGGAAUAUGAAUUAAAAGCAUCCUUGGAAGAGUAUGAACGUAUGAUGAAAUUUCGUUUAAAACUGCCAACAUAUCACAAGAAAUCAGAGAUUUUACAAUUGAUCAAAGAAAAUCAAGUUGUUGUAAUAAGUGGAGAGACUGGCUGUGGAAAAACAACACAGAUUGCCCAGUUUAUACUUGAUGAUCAAAUUGAAGAUGGUAAUGGCAGCACUACACGAAUUAUUUGUACUCAGCCUAGAAGGAUAUCUGCAAUAUCUGUUGCUGAAAGAGUUGCUGCUGAAAGAGGAGAAAAGCUUGGAAAAUCUGUUGGGUUUCAAAUUAGACUUGAAAAAGUCCUACCCAGAGAUAGAGGAAGUAUAUUAUUCUGUACUACUGCUAUGCUAUUGCAAUUCAUGCAAAGUGAUCCAGCUUUAAAAAAUUAUUCUCAUAUAAUAUUAGAUGAAAUUCACGAACGCUCAAUACAAAGUGACUUUAUUAUUGCUCUGUUGAAACUAAUUAUUCCUAAAAGACCAGAUUUAAAAGUCCUUCUCAUGAGUGCAACACUUAAUUCUGAAAGAUUUUCAAAAUAUUAUAAUGAUUGUCCCAUGAUUCAUAUACCAGGCUUUACUUACCCAGUGGAAACGUUUUAUUUAGAAGAUGUUUUAUCAGUUACACAAUUUAAGUUUCCUGAACCACCUGCAAUGCCACAAAAUUUCAGGAAAUAUACCAAGAAGUAUAAAAAUGUUCAACAUACAAUGGACGAGUUUUCCGAAAUCAUAAAUCCAUACGCACGGCAACUUAUAGCUGAUAAAAAGUAUCCAAAACAUGUGACCGAUCAACUGAAGAAUCCUAAUAGCGAAAAAAUAUCUUAUGAACUUAUAGAAGAGUUGAUUGAUCACAUUUCUAGAACAAAAGAUCCUGGAGCAAUUUUAGUUUUUUUGCCUGGUAUGAUGGACAUAAUAAAAUUACACAGACUAAUGUUGGAUAGCGGACGAUAUCCGCAAAGCAAAUACGUAAUUUAUCCUCUUCACUCUCGUAUGCCAACGGUCGAUCAAAGGCUUAUAUUUAAAGAACCGCCAGCAGGAGUUCGAAAAAUAAUCAUUGCUACUUCUAUUGCGGAGACUUCCAUAACUAUUGAAGACGUAGUAUACGUCAUUGACUGUGGCAGAACGAAGUUUUCUAAAUUUGAUUUGAAUAAGAAUAUUCAAACUCUGUUACCCGAAUGGGUAUCGUUAGCUAAUGCUAAACAAAGAAGAGGUCGAGCGGGCAGAGUAAAACCUGGUUAUUGCUAUCAUCUAUAUUCGAAAGCUAGAGAAAUGACGUUCGAUCAAUAUCCAUUACCUGAGAUGUUAAGAACUCGUUUAGAAGAAGUAAUUUUGCAAAUAAAAAUUUUGCAAUUAGGAAAGGCCAAAUCUUUUCUAGCCAGCGUUAUGGACCCGCCAAAUUUAAAAACUAUAGACUUAUCUUUGGAUCUACUAGGAAUACUUAAUGCAUUAGAUAACGACGAAAACCUGACUCCUUUAGGAUAUCAUUUAGCACAAUUGCCGCUUGAUCCACGUACAGGAAAAAUGAUUAUAUGGGCAUCAUUGUUUUCAUGCGUGGAGCCAGUUUUCGCGAUUGUAGCAAGUCUUACAUUCAAAGACGCAUUCUAUUCUCCUCUAGGAAACGAGGAUCAAGCAAAGCAAAAGAAACUUGAACUUACUUUGAAUCAAUACAGUGAUCACGUUGCACUGGCCGAAGCUUUGAAGAGAUUCGAGGCUGCGUACAAAAGGGGAAAUGCUUCUUAUUUUUGCAGAAAGUAUUUUCUCUCUUUAAAUACACUCAAACUUCUUUCCGAAAUGAAAACUCAAUUUGCUCAGUAUUUGCACGAAAUGAAAUUUUUGGAAAGUGACAAUCCAAGUGAGAGGAACGCUAAUAGGAAUUCUGACAAUAUUGCGUUAAUAAAAGCAAUAGUAUCUGCUGGACUAUACCCAAAUGUUGCCAUCAUGAGGAGAAUUACAAAAAUGGGAACAUCUUUGUGGACUCCAGAAGAUGGUAACGUUUACAUGCAUCCGUCGAGUGUAAACGAUAAAGUGGAACUUCCUAGUCCGUAUAUUACAUAUUAUGUAAAACAAAAAUCGUCGUCGAUAUAUUUACAUGACACCACAUGUGUGACUGGACCAAUUUUAUUAUUCGCGGCUCCCCAUAUGUGUAUAAAAAAAGAAAAAGGAAAUUAUUUGAUUAGUUUAACAAGUUCUCAAAAUUUUGCGUGUGAUUUAAAAACCGCACAACUCAUUCAGAAAUUACAAGAAGAAUUUAACAAUAUGUUAGAGUAUAAAAUAACGCAUCCAGGAACAGUAUCUUGGAGUAGCCAUGAAGGUGACCUACUAAAUGUGAUUAUAGAUUUUGUCUGCCAAAAAGAUGAGGAAAUGGGAUUUUCCGAGUCUGAUGUCAAAGAUGAGAAAGAUGAUUUUUAUGAACACAGCGAAACAUAAUUUAGUAAUUUAUUUUAUGAAUAAUGUAAUUACCUCAGCUAAUGCUUUAGAGUAUAUCGAAAUAACUUCAGUAAAUUGGUCUUUCAAAUCUCUUUUUAAAUAACUUUGCAGAAUAAAUCACUAAAUAUAUUUCAAUAAUACAAUUCGUUAGUUUUCUCUACAUUAUAAUAAUGAUUUUACUGAUUACGAGCACCGAGAUCCGCUAGGGAAUAUUCAGAGGCAUUCUCGGCGUAUCCGCGAGCCACCAGUUAGUUUCUGAUGUACUAGUGUGACAAACGGACCAAUAAAGACAUUCGACC